ACAUGAACCAACCCUCUUACCUAAGGAGCGCCGUUCAAGCCGUACAAACUUGAGAAGCCACAUUCACAUCAUCAAGGGAUGAGAGAAAAGCUAUGGGGGCACGCAAUGGCCCCUAUUAUUGAUCACGCAUCCCUUCCGAGAUAGCACAAAUACAUUUGCCCUAAAAGUGAUGGGUCGACGCAUGAUACACUUCUACAGUUCUUUCAAUCCACGGACAAAAUGGACACCCACGACAGGCGUACAGUUCCUAUGAUCAGCAAAUGCUUCAAGAAUCGUUGGCUAGCCUACGCUGCUCUGACGCUCACGCUUAUCUGGGUCAUUUCACUGGCCCACCAGUCCGGAGCUGUUCACGAUGUAGUGGCUACGACUACCAGUGCACUCAAACAUUCGUACUACACGCACAUCUCGUCCUCUGCCUCUGAAUCGACAACAUCUGAGGAGCAGGAGAAAGAUACAUCACUCGAACCUGCGAUAAUACCCCGCAAGAUCUGGCACAUUCUCUUCCCCAACAACGGCGCCGUGACCGACCAGCAGGUCUCCUUCCUCGGAGACUGGGUCAAGUCCGCCCCGGGCUACACGUACACGCUGCUGGGCGCCGGCGGGGGCACCGCCCUCGUCCGCCACCACUACGGGGCCGCGUCCGACGAGCUGCGCGUCUUCGAGCAGCUCACCAACCCGGCCCUCAAGUCAGACCUCCUGAGGUACCUCAUCCUGGCCGCCGAGGGCGGCUACUACGGCGACGUCGACACGCAGCCCCUGGUCCCGCUCGAGGAUUGGGUCGCGCCGCCCGGGCUCAGGGCCAGGGCGAGACUGAUCAUCGCGCCCGAAGCCGACGGCUUCCUGGACCAGCAGUCGGGGCAUAGGGGGAGAGGCGACGGGGGGCUGUUGCAGUUCGGACAGUGGGCCAUCGCCGCGGCGCCCGGGCACCCCGUCCUGACGCGCAUGGUCUCGCGCUGUCUGGCCAAGCUGCACGCCCUGGCGGAGGAGGAGGGGACGACGCUGGAUAAGGUGCACCCGGACAACAUCGGGGUGCUCAACACUACCGGCCCGAUACAGUGGACGGACGUCAUCUGGGAGCAUCUCUACGACGUCGGGGAGGAGGCCGGGGUGAGGGGGAAGGCGGAUCUGGGACGGCUGUUUGAGCCGAAGCUCGUUGGGGAUGUGCUGGUCUUGCCCAUCACGGCGUUCAGGGCGCCGACGGUGGAUGAGGUGGCAUAUUUCGAGGGCAAGGAGGGUGAUCGGAGGCUGUUGGCACACCACAUGCUGGGGACGUGGAGAGGAUGGAGCCCACCGGGAGAGUAAGACCCUGGAUGGACUGACACGCUGGUCAACAGCAUUAGGCUUGAUGUAGUUGAGGGGGUUGAGGUUAUGAUGUGCUGAGCUGAGUGGUGGAC